AUGCAAAAAGACCAAACUAGUAACGCUCCUGGUAGUAAUCAUAUCCAACCCUUCACACCACGUAUUAACUGCAUAUGUUGUAUUGGUGCUGGUUACGUUGGUGGACCAACCUGUGCUGUCAUUGCUCUCAAAUGCCCUGAAAUUCAGGUCUUGAUUGUCGAUAAAAACCAAGACCGAAUUAACGCUUGGAAUGGCGAAACUUUACCAAUCUACGAGCCUGGCUUAGAUGAAAUAGUAAAACAUUGCCGCGGCAGAAAUUUGUUUUUUUCAACUGAUAUCGACGCAGGUAUUCGGGAUGCCCAGCUGAUAUUUAUUUCGGUUAAUACCCCAACAAAAACAUAUGGUAUAGGAAAGGGUCGCGCAACAGAUUUGCAAUUUGUGGAAGCUGCUGCUAGACAUAUAGGGCAGAUUGCAACUGGUAAGAAAAUUAUUGUAGAGAAAAGCACUGUGCCAGUAAAAGCUGCAGAAAGUAUCGCGAAAAUCCUGUACUCUAAUAUCGAUGACAAUGUUUCCUUCGAGGUUUUAUCGAAUCCAGAAUUUUUAGCUGAAGGCACUGCUAUUAAUGAUCUACUGCAACCAGAUCGUGUGUUAAUAGGCGGUAGCCAAACUGAUCCUGGCAUUGAAGCUAUAAACCAACUAGCUUGGGUAUACGAACAUUGGGUUCCGCCAUCCAAAGUACUUAGGACAAAUGUUUGGUCUUCAGAAUUAUCGAAACUGGCUUCUAAUGCGUUUUUGGCCCAAAAAGUAUCGAGUAUAAAUGCCGUAAGUGCAAUUUGCGAAGCAACAGGCGCAGACAUUUCAGAUGUAGCACAUUCUAUUGGAUUGGAUAAACGGAUUGGUUCGAAGUAUCUUCAAGCUAGUAUUGGAUUCGGUGGUAGCUGUUUUCAAAAGGACGUAUUGAGUCUAACUUAUAUUUGUGAAGCAUUAAACUUAACAGAAGUUGCUGAUUAUUGGCAUCAAGUUGUUGUCAUGAAUAACUAUCAAAAGAAAAGAUUUGCUCGGAAAAUUAUCCAAUGUCUUUUUCAUACUGUAUCUAAUAAAAGAAUCGCAAUAUUUGGAUUUACUUUUAAGAAAGAUACUGCGGACACUAGAGAGUCAUCAAGCAUUUAUGUAGGAAAAUAUUUAAUGGAUGAAGAAGCACGCCUGGUUGUUUAUGAUCCAAAAGCUGAUAAAGGCCAAAUAAUUAGCGAUCUCCGGGAGGUUUCUUCUCAAGAUCCGCAACGUGUAGAUAGACUUGUUUCCGUUAUAAACGACCCAUACGAUGCUGCUAAAGACGCCCAUGCCAUCGUUAUCUGCACUGAAUGGGACGAAUUCAAGGCAUUAGAUUACGAAAAGAUUUAUAAUUCAAUGUACAAGCCAGCGUAUAUUUUCGAUGGUAGAAUUAUCUUGGAUCAUGCAGCUUUACUUCGUAUUGGCUUUCAUGUAGAAGUAGUUGGAAAAGUUAUGAAGAAACCAGUUAAUGACCUUACACCAUUUUAA